AUGGGUAAUACGCGUAACAGCGUUCUCGAAAUCGAGGCUACACUCGGCGCCAUAGAGCGCGUUAUGAAUAAGGCAGAAGUGGAGACAUUGGCUUCUGUCAACAGCGCCUACGCGAACUGUACCUCUGAGUGUGGACCACUUAUGCAAUACAUAGGCGCCGGCUACUAUGUGAAACGCGCGCCCUUGGUAAUAAAGCGUGUCCUGGAGCGCGGGCUGGCUAUGGCCAAUGAGGAGGAGACACGGCAGAAAUACGAUGCUGCUAAGACGAACAAAGCCCCCAAGGUAAGCUUUAAUGUAGACAGUGCAUGA